GUUUUAAUGGCACUCAAGCAAUUUCAAAUUUGGCCAGGAGCGUCAAAGUUCUUCUGCAAAGGAUAUGUGAUGACAGGUCCUAAUGUACUGAUGCCUAUUAUAACCUUUGGAGUUCUCUUAGUUGCUUGAUGAGGUAUCAAUGCAACCACAUUAUUCUAUAUAUCAGCUAAGUGAAUGCAUCUUCCGCUAUAUGUAGCAGUGAUAAUUCAACUUGCAAUGUUUUAUUGAUUAGUGAAGGCUUCUUUCAUGGACCCUGGUUAUUUGCCAAGAAGGAAUUUUAUGAAAAUAAUUAGGUCUGAUCUUACAGAAAUGACUGUAGAAGAGCAAGCCAUUCCCUUUUUCAAUCAUUUCCUAUAUUCUAAAGCUCAUUCAGUCAAACUAAAGUAUUGAUACACUUGAGAGAUUUAUAGACCACCCAGAUCUUCUCAUUGAGGUAGCUGCGAUGCUUGUGUUGAAAGAAUAGAUCACCACUGUCCAUGGUUGGGCACCUGAAUUGGAAAAAGAAAUUAUAAAUACUUUUUCAUAUUCAUUAACCUCUUAUCCUUUUUGAUUAUUUCAUGUUUUUUACUAUCAAUCCUUGAAAUCUUCCUCCGUGUGAAUGAGUACAAAGACGAGGGUCAUAACUUGAACAAAGCGCUAAGACUAACUUUCAGUAAGGCUCCCUACCCUCUGAUUUUUAUUGCUUUAUGCUUGCUGUCGUCCUCCUUUGUGAUACUCUUAUGAGGCUACCACCACAAAUUACUAUACAAAAGUUUGACCACAAAUGAAGAUCUUAAGGGAGUCUAUGGCAAUACAUUGAUGUAUAAUCCGAAUAAAUAAGACUUAUCUGCAGAACUUGUGGGAAGCCCUGACUAUGCCUGUCUCAGUCAAGCACUGGGAGCCCAGACAUGACAUUCUUGGCUAUCAGUCUGAACUUGUGAAGAGUAUCGAAAAUAAGCCAAUGAGUGGAUUCUCCUUUGAAGAAAAUGCUGGCUUCAGUGUCGAUCAGGGAGAAGAUAAAGAUCAGAAACUCCAAAUUGACAACAAAAUAACAACAGGAGACAACAGAACAACAAAAUUUGAGCAAUAUUCCACAAUCAAAGAUAAAAGAUCUUCAGCUGGAGAUUCCAACUGUAAAAUGUUUAUCCCUGGUGAGCUCGGUCAGACAGAAGGUGAAAACUUACUCUCUCUGUUCAAAAAUUCUACUGAAUGGAAAUAACUCACUAAAAAGACAAAAAAGAAAGAGAAAGAGCAAGCUCGAAGAAAUAUCAAGAAUAAGCUCCUUCUCUCCACUAAAGGGAGUUCCUUAUCAAAAUUCUGAGGGAUCAGAUCUGGAUUUUGGAAGGAAUAAGAAUAAUUUAUUGACUUUACAAUCAACUAAGCCACCUUUACCUCCUCAAAACAAAGCUAUGUCUUCAGAAAAAGUGAUGCCUAAGUCAAACACUAAAGCCACAAUAUCAGAGCCUAUUUCUAAUGUUUCUUCCAAGAACUACCUCGGGUCUCCUUACGAGGAGGAUAAGUUGGAGGAAAAGAAAGAGAAAAUCCUUAAUAGCCCAAAUCUGCCAAGAGAGAAUUUUAUUUCCCUCAAGAAGAAGCUAAAAAAUACACAGUUAAAAGAAGUGGAGAGAAAGAAAUCCCUUCAAGCAUUUAGCUUUGAUUCUAGUCAAGGAAGUAACUCUAGUUUCCAAGGCCAGUACCAAGUCGUUGAAAAUAAAGUACAAAUAUUUGAGAGGUGGUCAUCUGAAGAAGCUGAGGGGUCUAGAGAUGAAGAAGAAGAAGAGAAAUAUCGAGAUAGUCAUAGAGAACUUACCUCAGCAAGGAAGAAGUAUAAAGGAAAUAUGGCAUAAUUAUCAGUUUUCACCACCGUUAGAGAUAUAUAAUUGGACACUAGACUAGAGAUAUUGGCAUUAAAUUAAUGAUUCCCAAUACCAUGAGAAUUCUAACUAAAGAGUGUACCAAUUACUUUGAUUCAAU